AUGGCAGACGAUGAGUCUCCUCGAGAAACCAUCCUCGUGGUGGGGCUGGGGAUGGUGGGGAUCGCAUUUAUUCGAAAGGUCAUGGACCUCGACACCCGGCAAAAAUAUCGCAUUGUGACAUGUGGCGAAGAGCAACAUUUGGCGUACAACCGGGUCGCCCUCACGGACUACUUCCAGCACCGCAACGUCAAGGAGCUCUACCUCGAGUCUCCGGACUGGUACACCUCCCAGGACCCCAAGCGAUUCGAGUUCCACACUGGAGAGGCUAUCUCCGCCCUGGACAUUGCCUCUCAGACGGCCAUGACAGACAAGGGCCGUACGCUCUCAUACAACCACUGCGUGCUUGCGACCGGCUCCGACGCCUCUCUCCCCUCGUACGCCGACACCUCCGUCCCGGGCGUGUUCGUCUAUCGUAACAUCUCCGACGUCGACGCCCUCAUUUCCUACGCUGAGAAAAAUGGUCUCAAGGGCCUCUCGGCCAUCGUCCUCGGCGGGGGACUCCUCGGCCUCGAGGCCGCCAAAGCCGUGCACGACCUCCCCACCGUGUCGCGCGUCGCGAUCGUGCACCGCUCCCGCUACCCGCUCUCGCGCCAGCUCGACGCCCAGGGCGGCGACAUCGUCCGCCGGCGGAUCGAGGACAUGGGCGUGCGCUUCCUCGGCGGGACCUCCGCCGUCCGCGUCUGCACCUCCUCCUCCCCCUCCGAACCCGGCGACUCCUCGGGCGCGCGCGUGACGGGCGUCGAGCUCGCGGACGGCACCACAGAGCCGUGCGACCUCGUCGUCUUCGCGAUCGGGAUCACGCCCCGGGACGACGUCGCGCGCGCGGCGGGGCUCACGUGCGCGCCGCGCGGGGGCGUGGUCGUCGACGACGCCCUGCGCGUGAAUCGCGCCAGCGACGGCUCGGGGACGGUGGAGAACGUGUACGCGGUGGGCGAGUGCGCGAGCUGGCGCGGGAACACGUACGGGCUGAUCGCGCCGGGGAUCGAGAUGGCGGACAUCCUCGCGUUCAACAUGACCCAGGCCGCGACGGACAUCGGGUCGUUCAAGCCCCGGCAGAUGAACGCCCCGGACUUGUCGACGAAGCUGAAGCUCAUGGGCGUCGACGUGGCGUCUUUUGGCGACUUCUUCGCCGAGAUGCACGCCAAUGUUUCCCCCGCGGCUGUCGAAGCGCCCGCGCAGAGCGCGCCGCCGGGUUCAAGCGGGCCCACGAAGCACGACGCGUCGACGCCGAAGAAACGCCAUGGCGCGGCGGCGGCUGCGGAGGGCCCCGUGGAGGCUCUCACGUACCGGGACCCGUUCGCUGGGGUGUACAAAAAGUACAUUUUCAGCGCGGAUGGGAAGUACAUCGUCGGAGGGAUGAUGGUCGGGGACACGUCCGACUACGUGAAGCUCGUCGCGAUGAAAACGCUCGACGUCCCUCCGUCGCAGUUCAUCCUCGGCUCCAAGAGCGGCGGAGACGACUCCGGGGCAGAUCUGGACGACGACACCCAGAUCUGCAGCUGUCACAACGUUUCGAAGGGACAGGUCGUGCAGUGUGUCAAGGACGGAGCGCACAGCCUGGACGAGGUGAAGCGAAAGACAAAGGCGGGGACGGGAUGCGGCGGAUGCGUCCCGCUCGUAACGAACAUCAUGAAGACGGAGAUGAAGAAGGCGGGCCUCGCAGUCAGCAACAACCUCUGCGCCCACUUUGCCAUGUCCAGAGUGGAUCUGUUCAACGUUAUCAAGAUCAAGAAGCUCAAGACCACAACCGAGAUCAUGGCUGCGGUAGGGGUCGUACCCGACGCACUGGGUUGCGAGAUCUGCAAGCCUGCGAUGGGCAGCAUCCUCUCGUCGCUCUGGAAUGAGCACAUCAUGAACCCUGAGCAUCACGCAAACCAAGACACGAACGACAAAUUCCUCGCGAACAUUCAGCGAAACGGCACGUUCUCCGUCAUUCCACGAGUGGCUGCAGGAGAGAUCACCCCGGAUAAACUUGUCGCGAUCGGGCAUGUUGCGAAAAAAUAUGGAUUGUACACCAAGGUCACAGGCGGGCAGCGGAUCGACAUGUUUGGUGCCGAGAAGGCCGAUCUGCCGUCGAUCUGGAAGGAGCUCGUCGACGCCGGGUUCGAGAGCGGGCAUGCGUACGGUAAGUCUCUGCGUACCGUGAAGUCCUGCGUUGGUACGUCCUGGUGCCGAUACGGCAUUGGUGACUCUGUCGGACUCGCCGUGCAACUCGAAGAGCGUUACAAAGGCGUUCGGUCUCCACACAAGUUCAAGGGGGGCGUGAGCGGGUGCGUUCGAGAGUGCGCCGAAGCUCAAGGAAAGGACUUCGGGCUCAUUGCGACGGACAAGGGGUGGAAUAUCUUUGUCUGCGGGAACGGAGGCGCAAACCCCCGCCACGCGACACUGCUCGCCAACGACGUCCCUCCAUCAAAGGUGAUCAAGAUCGUCGACAGGUUCAUCAUGUACUACAUCCGCACCGCCGACAAGCUCAUGCGCACCGCGCGCUGGCUCGAGGCCAUGGACGGCGGGAUCGAGAAACUGCGCAAAGUCAUCCUCGACGACGAGCUCGGGAUCUGCGCCGAUCUCGAGCAGGAGAUGGAGGCGCUCGUCGGCACGUACUACGACGAGUGGAAGAUCGUGACCGAGGACCCAGUCCGGCAGAAGCAGUUCCGGCAGUUUGUCAAUACCGACGAGAGGGCGAAACAGACGGAGAUGAUCACCGAGCGCGGCCAGCAGCGCCCCGCGUCGUGGUCCAAGUCCGCGCCGCCGCUGGUGAUGCGUGAGGCCGACGUCGCGGCGCCCAAGAGUGCGUGGAACUGGAAGGCACUCGCGAAGGUCCAGGACCUCGUCCCGAACGACAACGGCACCACGUCCGCCGCGGUGCGCUACGGCGACAGCCAGCUCGCGAUCUUCCACGUCCCGCACAAGGGCUUCUUCGCGACCCAGCAGAUGUGCCCGCACCGGCGCGCCUUCGUCCUCGACCACGGCAUCGUCGGGGACGACCCCAAGUCCGGCGCGCUCUACGUCUCCUGCCCGAUGCACAAGCGCAACUUCAACCUCGCGACGGGCGAGUGCCUGAACGACGACGGCUACGGCGUGCUUGCGUUCGACGUAAAGCUGGAAGGGGACGACCUCCUCUUGCUCCUCCCCGACACGGACGCGCUCGACGCGGUCAUCGGGACAUCGAAGUGGAUGGUCCGCCAGGCGACGGCGGAGCUGCUCGACCGUGGCCUGAGCGACACGUCCGGGAUCGAGAUCGCUGCGCCCGUGGAGGAGGUGCAGGGCGGGGGCGCGCAGACUGGUGGGGCGUGCGACGGGAGCGGGUGCGGCGACGGUCGUCUCGAAUGGUGA